AUGGCUUCGCAAGAUUUGCCUAGUUCAGGAAAUCCAGCCGUCGGCGCGAGUUCAUCAGAACCAUCUACCUACCCGUCGACGGCAAACUUUCCCCAAUCCGAUUGCACCACACCCAAUGCGAGAUCUCUCAAACGGAGUCGUCCAGAACAACCUCAGAGCCUCGGCUUGACGCCCAUAACAAACGCAUCACUUACCACGUCCCCAUCGCCGAAGUCCCCACGCUUCAAAGGCACAUUUUCACCCAGCUACUCGCCCAUGCCGCUCACGGGCGCCGCAGCGUAUGCGGAUCAGCAAAGGAGAAAUGACGAGACGCAAAGACGAGAAGAUAUAAGGACAUUGAGACAGCAAAUAAGCGAAAAUCCAUCUCACAAGGCGCUGUCUUCGCUGAUGGCUGGUGGGGGUGCGGUGAUGAGCAAACCGGGUGAUGCGCCAGUCGCCACGAUGACUAUGAGCGAAGGCUUGUCAACAGCCGCGAAUGCUAUUUCAAUACCCCCACCCAGUCCAAUGCAGUUUGAUCAUACAUCCGAGACCAGCCCUGCGAGUAUUACGAGCUUAGCAAGCCUAGGCAAUACAGCACCGACUGCUACCGCUGGGUCAACCGUUGUCGCAAGUCCGGGCUCGAUGACAGGUGUGGUCGAAGCAGAUAAUAGGGAAUUGAGAGGCAACGAUGGCUCUCAUUUGCAACCGCCCCAUGACGAAGCACCUUCGAAUCGUGCAUUGUCUUUUCCUGGUCAUCUUCUCGCUCGGGCAGACAACCCACGAAAUCCCCAACGAGGUGUGAGUCUUCCAAUGCCAGGGCAAGGACAAGCAAUCGCACCUCGACCACCUUCUCAAAAGAAACACAAAUGUCCAUACUGCGAUACAGACUUUACCCGUCAUCAUAAUCUCAAAAGUCAUCUAUUGACUCACAGCCAGGAGAAGCCGUAUGUUUGCCAGCAUUGUAAUAUGAGGUUCAGGAGACUACAUGAUUUGAAGCGACAUAUGAAACUGCACACAGGAGAACGUCCACAUAUUUGCCCCAAAUGUGACCGAAAAUUCGCCCGAGGAGAUGCUUUGGCGCGCCAUAGCAAAGGCCAAGGUGGCUGCGCUGGGCGAAGGGCCAGUAUGGGGAGUUUUGGCGAUAAUGAUGAAGUCGAUGAAUCCAACAGGGGAGACGCUGAAGAGGGCAUGGAUGGUGUCAUGUACUCGAAUGGAACGUCUCAUCCGAAUGAAAGUGAGAUGACAGAAGAAGAUCGUCGUCGAUUCAGCCUUCCCAGUAUUAAGGCGCAGCAUGUCAGAAGCAACCAUGGAAGUGGUGAUAGUACUCUUUCUGCUCAGCGAACCCCAAGUACAUACCCUCCUGCUGGCCCACGGCCUGCCCAGAACGCAGGAGGACUUUAUCCACCAAAUAGCGAUCGUAUGGCUUCCACCAGCUCAACGACAUCAAGCAUUCAGAGUAGUGCGGGUGGUAAUCGUACCCCUGGCGCAAGUUUGUCUUCUCUACCUCUCAAUACCACAGGCCCUUCUAUGUUCUCACAAAGCGGGAUGACUGAGAGCCCAAAGCCAUUGAGCCCUGGAGGUAUGCUCGCCCAUCAGCUUGGAGCCGACCAGUCCGGUCGACAAAGAUCUCCAAGUCUGACCACACAAUUUCAACAACAGCACUUUGGCCGACAUAACUCGGGUCGGUCACCACCACCGGGAGUCCACUCUCCGAGGAGCUCACACAACACCAAGCUACCCGGGAUGUCAUCGCUUGCUCCACCGGAGGGAAGAUAUACGCUCCCUAGCCAGACUGCAAGUCAGAUGAAUGCAACCAACGGCACUCAUGGCCAACCAAUACAGGCCACAUCAGGGCAGCCAACGAGUUCAAGCGGUAUGUUUCAACAACCGCACAGCGUUGCCCCAAGCCGCGGAAUAGCAAGCAAUAUUGUAAACCAACCCGCAGGCAAUGACGCUAAUGUUUUCCUUGUCAUCGAACAAAUGGAGGCCAAAAUGAAACAAAUGGAAGAGCAAAUCGUUUCGAUGGAAAAACAUAAUCGCAAUCAGGAAGAAAAAAUCAACCAGCUCGCGGAUGAGAAUCAGUUUCUGCGAAAUCAACUUAACGGUCACAACGGCCAGGCUCAUCACCAGCCUCUACAGUCAUGA